UAAAACGCACAGGGCACCAUUGCGUUCUACAGUCGCGCUCAUUUCUCAUCAAACAACUAAUCAAUCCAAGUCCAAGGCAAAUCAAAUCUCCGGCGAGAAUGCUGCAGGCGGUGGUCUCCAACCCGCAACCCGUCGCCGCGUCCCUGGGGGCUCCUUGCCGCCCCGGGCGAGGCUCGGUGAGGGUCCGGUCCACCAGGAACGGAUCCGCCGAUAACCUUGACCAUCUGCGGAGGCCCCCGACGGCGACGGCUAGACAGCCGCGGCAGGGGAACGGGAGUCCUGCUCCGAGGAGGAGGGUCAUCCAGACCACGCCAUUCGGGCUAUGGGACAGCUUCCCGGACGCGCGAACCCUGGACCAGAUGAUGCGCACCAUGGAGCGCAUCAUGGACGAAGCCGAUGACGACGACGGCCGUCGCCCUUUCGUGGUGCCGGCCGCGCCCACGGCACGGCGCGCGGACGACACGGCCGCUGGCUACCGACGGGGGCGGACGCCGUGGGAGAUCAAGGAGCGGGCGGGGGACUACCUGGUGCGGUUCGACAUGCCGGGCAUGACGAGGGAGGACGUGCGCGUGAGCGUGCAGGACCGGACGCUGGUGGUGGUCGCCGAGAAGGCGGCGAAGCAAGGUGAGGCGGACGGAGAGAAGGAUAAGGAUAACGAGGAGGAGGAGGAAGAGGAGGCGUGGCCGGCGGCGAGCUACGGGCGGUACAGGACGCGGGUGGAGCUGCCGGAGAACGUGGAGGUGGAGAGGAUCGCGGCGGAGGCGAGGGACGGCGUGCUCUACCUCAACAUCCCCAAGGUGUCGCCGUCCGGGGGCAAAGUCUUGAGCAUCCAGGUGCAGUGAUGGAUAUGGAUAAGGCUAGCCGGUAGCUCAGAAUGUAUUUUGAGUUUUGGACUCGAGCCAGUGAAGAACGGACUGACAUUACUUCCGUUCAGAUUGUCGAGUCUCCACAAUUUAUAUACCGGCAAAAUGAUUAGUUGGAUA